AUGUGCCACUUGGCUACACGGAAAUGCAGAAGCAGGAUUUGCGGAUAUGACAAAGUGUCCAAAACAUGUUUCUAUAGUUUUGACACCUAUUCAGACCUCAACCAUAAUACUGAGACAACAAAGGUCGUGAUCAUACCAGAUGGUGGGUACUGUUAUAGUACAUAUUACCUUUUGAACGGAGCACGGCAGAUAACCGCUUCGUCUGUAUAUAGUGAUGGAUGUGAUACAAGAGGUGCCAGACUCUAUAGCGUAGCGUCUGAUUGGCAUGAGGGGGCAUGGAGUGCGGGGUACGCUGACACAAAUCAGUACAUACAGGUGCAGUUCAAUUGUCUAAACCAGGUUUCAGGGGUGGCCUUACAAGGAAAAGUUCUCAAUGAUCAAUAUGUGACUUCGUACAGAGUACUCUACAGCUGUGACUGCGUUAACUUUCAUACGGUCACUGACACGUAUGGGUAUUAUAAGACAUUCGCUGGAAACACAGACCCGGAUACGGUUGUUACAUCGAUGUUGCCAAGUCCGGUGACCGCUCUCUGUGUCAGAAUCAACCCAGUCACGUACAAAGAUUGGAUGUCCAUGAGGUUCGAAAUUCUCGGAUGUCCAGUGAAUGAGCUGCACUGCAUUAAUAAAUAAUUUAUGUUGUAUGCUUGCAAAC